CUCACCCCUACCCACUUCGGCCACACCACCCAAAAUAGAGAGAGGAAGUCUCCAACAUCUCAUAUCCAUGUCCAAGAACCGAGCUCAAGAUUUGAGGAGACUCAAGGAAGAAGAAAAGCUAGUAUAAGUGAGGAAAAACUUGGAAAAAUCAAGGAAUUUUACCAAGGUAUUCUAGACUUCUCAAGGAACCUAGGAGUGGCCGGAAAGCCGCCGGAGCCGCCGGAGUUUUCGCCGGAAAAAUUCAAAAGUCGCCGGAGUUCAAACAAAGAAGAUAAAAGCUUGCUAGCGUCAUUUCAAGGUUGAAGCUAGAGCUUACUUCCUGCACCCGUUGCUCGGGAGAUCGAUGGAGAGAAGACGUGGUUCGUGCUUCCUCUCGUUCCAUUUUUUUAAAUAAUUAAAUAAUGCUCAUGGAACUAUUUUGACUUAUAAAUUAAUGGAGCCUGCGAGCUCUUGUUUUACCCUUGUGUGGGUUCUUAUUAAACACUUAUAUUCCGCUAUGUGUUUGAUUGUAUGUUGAUGUUGUUAUGUAUGUUUACUAAUCGGUUUUGGCAUAUGUAUCUAUCGGACGUCUUGUGCAAUUCGGUAAGGAUGAACUGCGGUUAUUCUUAUUGGGUUGUACGACGGUUGUCCACGUGGCACAGACGCGGUCUGGGGCGUGACACCUUAAGCAAGCACCACGGGCAUGGUUUCAUCGUUUUAGUAGUUUUCUUCUUCAGCAUAAUUUUGUGUGUAGUAAGUCUGAUAAUUCACUAUUUAUUUAUCGCCAGAAUAAUAAUAUUAUUUAUUUAUUACUAUAUGUAGAUGAUAUUAUUAUUACUGGCAAUUCUGAGUCUACUAUUACUGAGUUUAUAUCUGUUAUUUCUAAUCAUUUUGCUAUGAAGGAUCUGGGUAAUUUACAUUAUUUCUUAGGCAUUGAGGCAUCUCGUUCUCCUAAGGGUCUUUUUCUCUCUCAAAAUAAAUAUGUCACAGAUCUUCUGGCUCGGUUUCAUCUGCAUACUGUUAAGCCUGUCCGCACCCCUUUAGCCUCUCGUACCACUCUGUCUCUCUCUGAUGGUGAGUUACUUGUAGAUUCUACUGAGUAUCGUAGUAUGGUAGGUGCGUUACAGUAUUUAACUUUGACAAGGCCGGAUAUUACUUAUGCAGUACAUUUAGUGUCUCAGUUCAUGCAUGCCCCCCGUACUACUCAUCUUUUUGCAGUCAAAAGAAUUUUCAGAUACUUGCAGGGUACGCGUGAUCAUGGUUUGUGGCUUCAACAUUCAGAUCGGCCUACCUGUGUUUUAGCUUACUCAGAUGCUGAUUGGGCUGGGUGUCCGGAUAGCUCACGCUCUACCACAGGUUUUGCUGUCUUUUUAGGUCCGAAUUUAAUUUCUUGGAAGUCUAAAAAGCAGCCUACGGUGUCCAAGUCCUCCACUGAAGCUGAGUACCGUGCUAUUGCUUACACUGUCCAAGACACGCUACAUAUCCGAUCUGUUUUGUUUGAGCUUGGUUAUCCUAUACACGAACCUGUUCAUCUUUUAUGUGAUAAUAUUUCAGCCUCUUAUUUGACUGCAAAUCCAGUACAGCAUGCUAGGAGCAAGCAUAUUCAGAUUGAUUAUCAUUUUGUUCGUGAACGAGUUGCUCAUGGAGAUUUGAUUGUUCGACAUGUUCCUACACAUCUACAGUUGGCAGAUAUUUUUACUAAAAGCCUCCCUAGUCAGCGUUUUCAUUUUUUAAAGGACAACCUGCGCGUUGUUUCUCCCGCACAGCUUGAGGGGGUGUAAUAGAAUUAUAAUAGAGAUACUCUUGUACUUAACAUAAAACUCUUCUAGUAUAAAUAUAUCUGCCAGGGCUCCUUAGAGAGCAUCCUGUUUCAUUA